UACAUAAGGAGGGAGAAGGUGGGAGGAAGCUUCAGAUGUUGUGACUUGACCGAGCCCACGGCCACGGCCACCACUUUUUAUAGCUAGCUCUCACUCACGAAGGAGAGUAGCAGGGGUAAAGAGAGAGAGAGAGAGAGAGAGAGAGAGAGAGAGAGAGAGAGAUCAUGGAGGAGAGGAUGGGCAAGAGGGGAGAACAGGGAGCCGUGGAGGACGAAGACGAUGUUCUUCUUCCGGGAUUCCGGUUCCGUCCCACCGACGAAGAGCUCGUGGGGUUUUAUCUCCGGCGGAAGGUGGCCAAGAAGCGUCUCAGCAUGGAGAUCAUCAAAGAGAUAGAUAUCUACAAAUAUGAUCCGUGGGAUCUACCAAAAGCGAGCACUGGUGGCGACGAGGAGUACUUCUUCUGCCUCAGAGGGAGGAAGUACCGAAACAGCAUCAGGCCAAAUAGGGUGACCGGGUCAGGUUUCUGGAAGGCGACCGGCAUCGACAGGCCCAUAUACUCCGCAGGCAACUCCGGCGACUGCAUCGGCCUCAAGAAAUCCCUGGUUUACUACCGAGGGAGUGCAGGAAAGGGUACCAAAACGGAAUGGAUGAUGCAUGAGUUCCGCCUUCCCAACAUCACCGACAGCAAUUCUCCGUGCAAGCGUGAAGCUGAAAUCUGGACGAUCUGCCGAAUCUUCAAGAAGAGUGCCUCCCACAGGAAGACACCAAAUGCGCCAACCGAGUCAAGCACCGCAGGGAACGACUGCUGGUGCAUCGCCUCCUCGGGCUAUUCCAAUGGAGAGAACGGCCAAGUAUGCGCAGGCCACUGGGAGUUGAUGAAGCAAGCUCCCUUGGCCUUGUGUCCUGACAUGGUUCAGAGUCCAGGCAUGGAUGAUUUCUUCAGCGGAGAUGGUAAAUGGGAUGAACUCGGAAGGAUUAUGGACUUCAUAACAGAUUGAAGCAGUUGCCUCCGAGGGAAAAAAGAAGAGUCCUGCUACCAAACUUCCCUCCCGAGAAUCUAUCAUGUUUGGGUUGAAGAGAUGGUGAUCGGGAACUUUUUGGGACACAGGGCAGCAGUUCACUUCCCGGAAAGAUAAUUUAUGCUGCAAGAGCUUCACGGUGCAGUCUCCUGACAUAGUCAUCACGCUGACAUGAGCUACAAUAAUGCAGCAAACUGAGAUGCUGUCUGUGGAGUUUUUACAUGCAUAGAAUAGAGAGAAUAGAGGCGUUGCUCAUUACUUACAGCUCAAUCCUAAAUGUAAACCUACGCUAUUAAGAUUCUAAUAAAUAGUAGAAGAUGUCACAAUUACAAAUACAUACAGAAAGACCUUCUCAAAAGGAGUUCUGUUUCUCGUUUGAUGAGACUCUCUGGAUAGAUAAGAGGUCGUCGUCAUAGAGAUAAGAUACUCGAUUCAAACAUGACACGUGCCUGGUUUGAACUCUUGUCCAAUCCCUGAUUUGAAUAUAAUGAUCGGUGUCUCGUCUCUGUCGUUUCGAUCUGAUGCGGUGGACUUUGAUCUACCGUCGUAAGUGCUUGUUUCGUGAACCGGAAAUCCACCGGGGCCCAUCGGUAUGGGAUGUCCUGUUUCUUCCGAGGCAGGGUUCAGGAGCUUCUAUUUCUUCUGCGUUACCCCAAAUCUGGGCCCCUCCUGUGUCGUCAGUACAAACCCUGAAUCCUGCCUCUGACCUUACAGUUGAGCCCUAAAUGGACACUGUUCCGAUGACCGCAAGUCCCUCCUCCACCUUCUUCACAGGGAAAUCCCCGAUGAUGAAGAGAGGCGCGGCGGGUCGUGGGCGGCUCCUAAGGUCCGAGCGCCCACUCCUCCGGCGCUGGCCUCGGUUGGUGCUUCCCGGGGCUCGGACAUCAACCCGCCGGGCCGCGCCCGGUGCUGCAGUCCUUCGCCUUCGGGCUCAUGGUCCGCCUCGGCUGCCUUCAGUUUUCUCCUCGCCAUAUUCGACCGCACCUGGGUCUCUUGGGACCCUAAUCGCUCUCAAUUGAUCGCUGAAUGGAGUACAGGAGAAAUAAACAUUGCCUAUAACCGAGGAUCAUUCAUUCGGUCCAUGAAAUCUUACCUUUUGACAUCCCAAGUAUCAGCUUAUGGAUGGAAUUGCUCUAUAUGUUACACCAGUAACUAUCAUGAAGGAUAAAUCAGAUUGAUCCAGCAAUUGUAUUGGCGAACCAUGAGAGGCCUCCAUUUUACUGUUUUCUCGAAGCUCCAUGGUUCAACUUCACCAGAGAGGAUUAGAUUACCAGUUACAACAUAUGUAUCCCUCAAAAUUACAGGCAUGUAAAUAUCAUCAAUAACAAUAUAAACUCAUUGAGCUAUCGGCAAUUCUCCAGGCUUCUUCGACACAUUAUAUCCAGUUCUAUUUCCAGAAAAUUUCAUCCUACAAAUGAGAUGGCAGACUGUGGCUGACAGACCUCAGAUUAUUUUAAGUUCAUGCAACUUGAUGAUGGAGCCCGGAAACAGUUUGUAAAGGCCAUCAUUUUCUACUAUUUCAGAGAUACAUGUUAUGAUUCAACUCCCCACGCAUCUCUUCCUUCUUGCCAUCGGUAUCAACCAUGGCGAACUCUUAACAGAGAUUUGGAGGAAGAAGAUGGCGAGAACUUCAGACUUAAGCUUGAAUUAGGAGGCAGCCCCGAGGGAACAAACAAAGGAAUCUCUAAUUAUAUGUGUUCAUGCUGGAAGAGCUGCUUCCGAGUCUCGAUUACUUCUACUUCAGCCCCAUCACUGCGCAUGCUUCACCCCCCUCACGCAAGCUCUGCUUUUCCAUGGCAAAAGUAGCAGCACCUUUUGCUGCACAGCUUGUUGUCCAUUGAGAGCUUUUACCUGACAAGAAGACCUGAUAAGACUGGUUUUAUUCACUCCAUGCUUGAGUUCUCCCCAUCUCUGAGACAGCCUGCAACAGGAAAAUCAUUGUCAUCCAUGGAUGACACACACACGCAUAGCCUUCUGAGAGUAAAGAAACAACUUAGAUCGAGUUGAACCAGCAGUUACAAGUUCUGAAAUCUCAUGGGGAAAACCCUUCUUUCCUGCUAGCCAUUGUCCUUGGUACACUGCAACUUACUCCAUUGGCAUAUCAGAGUUCAGGCAACUUGUAGUCGUUCAGUCAUAUGGGGAAUGCAUCCAAUGACAGAGGAAGAAGAACAGACUGUUAUUGUUCAAUCCUAGGGAGUACUCUGAUGUGAUCCUUUUCUGCUUGCCUAUUUACACAAGACACAUGAGAGCCUGACAAUUUUACCCAAAGCCGCCUGCCUCUGCUUGGCUUCAGUCCACUGAAAGCUUUUUUGCACCUUAUGACAGCCAUUCUGCUGUCGUUUGAUCACGUGUAAGUUGUAGGGUCAUGCCAGGCAGGGACAGUGGAGAGGGCCCCAUGUGGAUGAGAAUCUAAUUAAGCUUCUCAUGUUAAUUAAGGCCAUUGAUGCAUUGAUGGUCUUCCAAACAAAUUAACUCACCUUUGAAAAAGAAGAUUCUUCAAAACCCAGAUAGCUCAUCAAGCAAGUCAAAGGAGGAUUGUUGCAGUGGAGGUCUCACUCGAUGGAUCUCUCUUCCAGUGUGCUCCUCCAAAAUCUACAUCAUCAUUCCUGUCUUAUACUGAAAGAACUGGGAGGGAAAGAGUAACAGUAAAAUAGCAUGGGUAUAUAUGAACAGGAAGUAGAUGUAUGAGAGAGACUCUGCGGAGAUUGCCUGGCUUGGCUCUUCUCUCGUGCCCCAUCAUCUCAAGAUGUCACUAAAUAGUUUGAUGUGCCUCCGUCGCUGUUCAAAGUGUGACCUUUUUCUUCACAGUGUUGGCAUGAGAAGUCACUGUUUUCUACGGCAGGAAUGAGGUUAAAGUA